AUGUGGAGGAGGCGGUGCCCGUGCCGUGACAGCGACACUCAAGUUACCGCGAAAUGCCACUCGCAAGUGCACCAAACCAGCUACAAUGUCACACUUCAGCUGUCGUCUCAGCGCGUGAUAAGUGGAGCCACCUGUUCGUGCAAGGCCGGCAGCGACGGCGCCUGCAAGCAUGUCGCAGCGGUAGCGCUCGAGCUAAACAACUUAGCCGAUGCGACGUCGUCCACUGACGUGCCUCAAGUGUGGGGCCGUCCAGCGUCCAAGCCGAACACCUCAAAAAAAGAAUCGGUAGAGGAGCUCUUCGGAGAAUAUAAACCACUUUAUAUUGGUGGCAAGCCACCUGAUGAGCAGCCACCUUCGUUCAUUUUGGAGCACUUCCCAGACCUCGACUGCAUAAUGCAAUCCACACUGAAGUGGCAGAAGGAGGAAGAAGCAAUGUCGGAAGUUCGCGACUGUCUUGAAGACCUCAUUUCAAAGGCAGCACUGAAUGCAGACCUGUGUUUGGUGAAGGAGGUUUUGAACUGGAGAUACAGUCUGCCUCUGUACACCCUUGAGGAAACGGUCACUAUGAGUGCCAAUGAGCUCAACUUCUUCUCCACUAAGGUGGAAUGCACGGAAUCCCAGGCAGAAUUAAUUGCCGCGCAGACAAUACCGCAGGCGAAAUGCACUCGGUGGCACCAAGAGAGGGCUUGCAGAAUAUCGAGCACCGUCGCCCACCGCAUCAUCUGUAGGAAGCGCUCCUUUGAAUCGCUGGCAGAAACAGCUAAAGAAAACUAAAAGUUUC